AUGGCGUGGUCGUCUCUCGCUGGACUGCUCCUGCUGCUGGUCGCGUGCUCCGACGACGCGAUCGUCGUCGUCGGGCUCGCCAAGCCCGUCGAGUACGAGUACCAUAGUUUUGUAGCAUCCCCUCUCGCGCCCCACGCCUACACUGCCCCGGCCACCGCCGCCGACGCGUUGGAAGAUGCCGCCGUGUCAUCGCCGUCGGCUCUGCAGGUCCACCUGGUCCACCGCGACUCGUUCGCGGUGAAUGCCAGCGCAGCUGACCUCCUCGCGCGCCGCCUGCAGCGGGACGAGCGAAGGGCAGCGUGGAUCAUCACGAAGGCGGCCACACCCUCGGACCCGGAAAACGGUACGGUGGUGACCGGGGCGCCGACAAGCGGGGAGUACAUAGCCAAGAUCACGGUCGGCACACCGUACGAAAACGACUCAAGCUUCGAGGCGCUCCUGGCGCCGGACAUGGGCAGCGACGUCACGUGGAUACAGUGCAUGCCGUGCUUCCGGUGCUACCACCAGUCGGGCCCCGUGUACAACCGAUUGAACUCAAGUUCGGCGAGUGAUGUCGGCUGCUACGCGCCGGCCUGCCGCGCGCUGGGGAGCUCCGGCGGCUGCAUCCAGUUCCUCAACGAGUGCCAGUACAAGGCCGAGUACGGCGACGGCUCCUCGACGGCGGGCGAUUUCGGCAUCGAGACGCUGACCUUCGCGCCGGGCGUCCGCGUACCGGACGUGGCGAUCGGGUGCGGCUCCGACAACCAGGGUCUGUUCCCAGCGCCGGUGGAGGGGAUCCUGGGCCUCGGCAGAGGGAGCUUGUCGUUCCCGAGCCAGAUCGCCGGCCGCUACGGCCGGAGCUUCUCCUACUGCCUGGCCAGCGUACGCCCCCACUCCUCCUCUGCCCUAACCUUCGGCUCGGGCGCCACGGUCACCACCCCGCCGGCGUCGUUCACCCCCAUGUUGACCAACCCGCGCAUGUAUACGUUCUACUACGUGCGUCUCGUUGGCAUCAGCGUGGGCGGCGUGCGUGUGCCGGGCGUCACCGAAUCUGACCUCCGCCUUGACCCGUCCACGGGCCACGGCGGCGUCAUCGUAGACUCCGGCACCGCAAUGACCCGCCUCGCCGACCCCGCAUACACCGCGUUCCGCGACGCCUUCCGCGUGGCGGCUGUGAAGGACCUCGGCUGGCCCUCCCCCGGCGGCCCCUUCGGCUUCUUCGAUACGUGCUAUAGCAGCGUCCGCGGACGCGUGAAGUUACCUGCUGUGUCGAUGCACUUCGCCGGCGGCGUCGAGGUGAAGCUCCCGCCCCAGAACUACCUCAUCCCCGUGGACUCCAAGGGCACCAUGUGCUUCGCGUUCGCCGGCAGCGGCGACCGUGGUGUCUCCAUCAUCGGCAACAUCCAGCUGCAGGGGUUCUGCGUCGUGUACGACGUCGAUGGCCAGCGUGUUGGGUUCGCGCCAAAUUGCUGCUGA